GCAAGACAUUACAUCAAUUCUGCAUUGAAGAGACGCAAUUGCAAGGCCACUUCUGAGUUCUACGAUGAAGAAGAUCUUUUUGAAAAGAAUGAACUCCAUAACAAAUUGGGUGAUGCGGAUGUGACUCCCAUGAGUUUUAAACCAGAGAAGAAAGGAUUUCAGAAGGUCAUGAUGCGUCUCUCUGACCAAUCGGGCCAACUGGUCCUGAAUAACGUCUACACCGGAAAGAUCUACCGCGAAGGGAUGAACCAAGAUGACGUCACCUUCAUUGAGGAUUUGGACCUUCUCUAUGUUUAUAUCGGUACAGGAGCCUCAGUAAAUGAAAGCAUUAGUUCGUGGGCCGAGGCAGAGAAAUACCUCAAGUCGGUGGGAAGGCCAGACAAGGCGAUUGCAGUCUUCAGUGCCGGGUCGUAUCUGCCUGCAUUCAAUGAAAUCUGGAAUGAUCAGCGGCUGCAGAAUCAUCGAAGAUACAUGUAG